GGGGUCGGCAAGCAGUUUGGAUAGACAACUUGUCCGCAAAAUUUGCCAUUUUCUUCUCGGAUACUGCGGAAACCAACAGACAACAAGCACAUACAAGAUGGAGUAUAAGCUCGUUCCUCUGGAUUUGUUGGUGUUGGUCAGCCUUUCGCUGUUUUUUUGUUCAACAGUUGAAGGGGCUAACAUCACAGUACAGAUGGGACGAUCCGCAACCCUGCAGUGUACAGGAAUAACCAACGUCUUUAGAGAGUGGCAGCGGCUUGAUACGGGUGAUACUUGGGUACAGUUGAUCACCCUGUACACAGGAGGCAGCACGCCUGAUCUUCAGGAGAAAGUGGGUCUGGAUACCUUCAACCUGAGAGGCAGAUUCACGGCUACAGCUGAUGAUGACUUCACAGCAACCAUCACAAACACACGGGCUAGUGAUGAUGGGAGGUACCAGUGUGACGGGUCAUCAUCUGGGGGAUCAAUUGUUCAUACGCUGCUGACAUACAACAUGGUUUCUGCAAGUAUUGAGCCUGCCGGACCUGCAAUAGGAUACAUCGGACGCAAUUUUCAGUUCAGAUGCGAAGCAUUGAACAGCAAACCUACCGCCAGCUUCAAUUGGACAAAACAAGGGGAUAGCAACUUUGCGGCGACAGGAGCCACCCUGCAGUUCAGUAACCUCAAUGUGAAUGAUUCUGGCACGUACCAGUGUACAGCAUACCAUGCCUAUGACAGUGACACUGCUACUGUGCAGUUGAUGGUCACCGAAGAGCCAGCCACCACUCCCACCUCACAGGGACGAACAGGAGUUGUCACCUCCGCCCCUAUUUCGCAUGCAUCCAAACCAACAGGUUCUAAUAUUGGCACAAAUGCCCCGCAAACAGGAGGACUAUCUACAGGCGCUCAAGCCGGUAUUGGGAUCGGAGUUGCGCUUGGCUGCAUAGCUCUGGCAGGAGUUCUGGCUUACUUCUUUGUUGUGAAGCGGAAGCGAGCUGGUAGGGAUAAGGAUGACGGAGUUGAAAGUGGAGGUGAAGAUUUUGCCCUCCAAACCCAACCUGGUGGCCACCCUGGAGCACCAGAAAACUUAUCUCGACCCCCACCGAACGAGCCGGAGGUGAUGUACGCGGAACUGGACCUUAAGAACGCCCCCGCUGGCUCACGCAGGCCGUACGUCGCCACCCCUGAUGACUCGCCAACCGAAUAUGCUCAGAUCCGCCCCGACAAACCACCGCGAUCAUCCGUACCCCAUACCCUGGGACCUGACAACAAGACAGAAUAUGCAUCCAUAAGCAGGCAAAAGCCUGGUAGAAGAGAUGACCUGCAAGCGGUCUAGAAGGCACCUUGAAAUGAAGAAGCCUACCAAUGAUCCCCCCACUCAAAAAAAUCUGUCUUAAUCAUUAAUGUGACAACCAGUGCCUCUUCAUAUGGGGUCUGAAGACACAAAUUGUAGUGUCAUGGUCCCAAAUAACAUUCCAUCUGAACGUGACAACUGUUGAAGAGUGGUUUUACUAUGACAUGAACUGAGUACUGGAAUAUGCUGAAUACAGAUUGUAAAAGAUGAUACAUUAAUUAUGAUUGAUUACAACCUUAAGGGGUCAAAUAUAGACAAUUGCAAGGCCUGCUGACAAAAUAGUAUCAUAGAACAUCCAUAUAACUUUAACAACUGAAAAUAAAAUCAGGAGAAAUUAUUGUGUUGAAUAAAACUUUGAAAACCAUUUUAGAUAGGAUGUUGAGUUUAAAUCAUGAAAAUGUUUUGACAACAUAUGUUGUAACAGAAAUAGCCACAGGCCAUGUGACAGUUGUGCUGAAUGGUGCAGAUGUGGAAGUCUGAUAACAGGCUGUUGUUUUUCUUAUCACUGAAUACUAAUGAGGUUCAUACUGGCUAGGCUAAAUGGAAAUGUAUGCCAACAAUCUUAUUUUUGAAAGCACUGCCGUUUUGAAAGGAUGUAAGUUUAGAAUGCCACAAUGGCACACACUGAGCAAAAUAAGACUAGUCAGUUACUAUUAUAAGUAGGGUUUAUGAGGAAAAUAAUUAUUAAGAUUUUUCACAUACUCUUAAAGGUGAUGACUGGUAAAAAUCAUUAAUAUUGCAUAUCAUUUUAUUCAGCCAUGUGCACUGAAAGUGAUCCAUUUUUGUAACAUUGUUAGAAAAUACUAAAUCUCUACAUAAUGGUGGCAUAUACAUGUAAUUUGCUCGCCUAUUGCAUAAUGAUGUUAAAUAUGAUAGCCUGUUAUUUGAAAGUAUCACAAUCAACAUGUCUAAAGUCUUAUAGUUUCAUCUAUAAAACACAACAACAGAACGAAAUCAGAAUGCAAAAAUAAUGUGGCAGCUAAAAUAAUCUCAAGGUUUGGCUUCUUUGGCUGGGUGUUUUUGUAGUUAUCAGUUUCUUUUGAAAUUGGCAAAGCUAAAUGGCACAAAAAAAA